AUGCCUCCAGAUUUCCUCAUUUCCCUCUUAGCCCGAUAUUCUCAACAACCUCCAUCAAUUAGACCACAUGUCACUCUUACUUUUGCUCAAUCUACAGAUGCAAAGAUUGCUGCCAUCCCAGGAAAACAACUCAUUCUCAGUGGAGAUGAGAGCAUGCAAAUGACCCACUGGUUGAGAUCAAUGCACGACGCCAUCCUCGUCGGCAUUGGAACUGCUCUCAACGAUGACCCUCAGCUCAACACACGCCGCUUGCCUCCGCCUCACAAUCUCCCUCGUCCAAUCAUCCUCGAUUCUCAUCUCCGCUUAUCUACAUCCUGUAAACUUUUGAACAAUUUUCGUGCUGGGUCUGGUCGCCGUCCAUGGAUAAUAUCCACCCCUUCACAAGACCCUUCCUGGAUAUCCCGCAAAGACGCCUUGGAACAAGCAGGAGCGAACAUUAUAGAGAUACCCUCACUCAAUGGUCGUCUUUCCGUUCCCGCAGUUCUGCAAUCACUCCGCGAUCGUGACGUUCGCUCUCUCAUGGUCGAAGGUGGUGCAACCGUCAUUGCUUCUUUCUUUUCCGCUUCCGUCGUUGAUACCCUCAUCAUCACUACCGCACCUACCCUCGUCGGAGACAAUGGCCUUGGCUAUACCCUUGCAGGUUCACACCAGCAAUUUACGCUGGCACACACUCAAUUAUUGGGGAAAGACACCGUUACGUCUUGGGUCGCUUGA